UCAGCAGGACGCCAUUGGAUCUCGAGCUUCGCGCUGUGAACUGUGACUUGUUCGCGUAAUUUCUGCUCACAUGCGAACCGGAAUAUUAUACUAUACAGACUUUUCAGCUUUCCUCGUUUGUUGAAACGUGUAUUUUCUAUAGACGCGUGUGAAGACUAAACCGACAAAAUGCCGCGAAUUAUGAUUAAAGGUGGCGUUUGGCGCAACACUGAGGAUGAGAUCCUUAAAGCAGCUGUAAUGAAAUAUGGCAAAAAUCAGUGGUCUCGUAUCGCCUCUCUGCUGCACAGGAAGUCAGCCAAGCAGUGUAAAGCUAGAUGGUACGAAUGGCUAGAUCCCAGCAUUAAGAAAACAGAAUGGUCACGUGAGGAGGAGGAAAAGCUCCUUCAUUUAGCCAAGUUGAUGCCCACCCAGUGGAGAACAAUAGCUCCCAUUAUUGGCCGAACUGCAGCACAGUGCCUGGAGCACUAUGAGUAUCUUCUAGACAAGGCUGCCCAAAGAGACAAUGAAGAGGACACCAACGAUGACCCUCGCAAGCUCAAGCCAGGAGAGAUUGAUCCAAAUCCUGAAACCAAGCCGGCCAGGCCAGACCCUGUCGACAUGGAUGAAGAUGAGUUGGAGAUGCUGUCAGAGGCCAGGGCUCGUUUAGCAAACACACAAGGUAAAAAGGCCAAGCGGAAAGCCAGGGAAAAGCAGCUAGAGGAGGCAAGGCGCCUGGCAGCUCUGCAGAAGCGCAGAGAGUUGCGUGCUGCAGGCAUAGACAUUCAGAAGAAGCGGAAGAAAAAGCGUGGUGUAGACUACAACGCAGAGAUUCCCUUUGAAAAAAAGCCUGCUCCAGGAUUUUACGAUACGUCUAUGGAGCAGUACGACCCACUUGAGCCCAACUUCAAAAGACUACGCCAGCAGCAUCUUGACGGAGAGCUGAGAAAUGAUAAAGAGGAGCGUGAGCGCAAAAAGGACAAGCAGAAGAUCAAGAAGAAGAAAGAGUCUGAUCUCCCCUCUGCCAUUUUGCAAACCAGUGGGGUGUCUGAGUUCACAAAAAAAAGAAGCAAGCUUGUGUUGCCUGCACCACAGAUAUCAGACACUGAGCUGGAGGAGGUGGUGAAGCUUGGACAGGCUAGUGAAAUUGCUCGCCAAACAGCAGAGGAGUCUGGAAUCACAAACUCUGCUUCCAGUGCUCUGCUUUCCGAGUACAAUGUCACCAAUAACAGCAUGGCCCUGCGCACACCGCAGACUCCGGCAGCACAGGACAAGAUUAUACAGGAAGCCCAGAAUCUGAUGGCGCUUACUAACGUGGACACUCCUCUUAAGGGGGGUCUAAACACACCUUUGCAUGAGAGUGACUUCACUGGGGUCACUCCACAGAGGCAGGUGGUCCAGACCCCCAACACUAUGCUUUCAACACCUUUCAGAACUCCUAGUCAUGGCGCAGAGGGUUUGACCCCUCACAGUGGCAUGACCCCAAAGCCUACAAUAGGAGUGACACCAGGUCGUACGCCCCUGCGGGACAAACUCAACAUCAAUGCUGAGGAUGGUGUGGUGGAUUACACAGAUCCAGCUUAUGCCAAACAUGUGCAACGGGAGUCUCGUGAGCAGCUGAAGAUGGGCCUAUUGUCCCUUCCACUGCCCAAGAAUGACUUUGAGAUUGUGCUGCCUGAGAAUGCUGAGAGGGAGAUGGAAGAGCCAGAGGUGGAUGAGAGCUUUGUGGAGGAUGCAUCUGAUAUUGAACUCUGUAAACAGGCAGUCAGAGAUGCUGAGCGUGAGAAAGAGCUGAGGCAGAGACACACAGCAGUGCAGAGGAAUUUACCCAGGCCCUCCGAGGUAAAUGAGACCAUUUUGAGGCCUCAGAAUGUUGAGCCACCUCUCACAGAUCUGCAGCUGGCAGAGGAGCUCAUAAAGAAAGAGAUGAUCACUAUGGUCCACUAUGACAGUCUUCACCACCCAUACACAGACGUUCUCUCUAAGAAAGGUAAAGGAGCGGGCUCAGGUUCUACCAACGCUGAGCAUGUUGCCUACCUGGAGAAAACAGCCUACGAAAAAGUGUCUGAGGAGGACCUCCUAAAGGGUAAAGAGCUACUGCGGCAAGAGAUGGAAGUGGUGAAGCAUGGCAUGGGUCAUGGCGAUCUUUCCAUUGAGGCCUAUAACCAAGUUUGGGAGGAGUGUUACAGUCAGGUGUUGUACCUACCUGGACAGAGCCGAUACACCAGAGCCAAUCUGGCCAGCAAAAAGGACAGGAUUGAGUCCCUGGAAAAGAAACUGGAGGUCAACAGGGGGCACAUGACAACCGAGGCAAAAAGGGCAGCCAAGAUGGAGAAGAAGAUGAAGAUUCUUUUGGGGGGAUACCAGUCUCGGGCCAUGGGUCUAAUAAAGCAGCUGAGUGACUUGUGGGAUCAGGUAGAGCAAGCCCACAUGGAGCUGCACACCUUCGAGGAACUAAAGAAGCAGGAGGACUUGGCCAUCCCACGCAGAAAGGAGGCUUUGAGAGAAGAUGUGCAAAGGCAACAGGACAGAGAGAAGGAGCUCCAGCAGAGGUUCGGUGAUCUUCUUCUUGAGAAGGAAACUUUGCUUUCAGAGAAGGUGUAAAUGUGAUACAUGACUUUAAAACUCCACCAUGGCUCUGUCUGCACUGUAAUCUAUAAAGAAACUACAGUUAAA